GGCAUCCAGCUGGAACACGCAUCCUGGUUAGCAUUGAUGACAAAACAUGCUCCCACAACUAGACUGUCCGUACAGUAUCCACGGUCGAACGUCAGCCGACACAACGUUUGAUUCUUUAAGCAUCCAUCUAUAGCCACACUGUGAUAAUUUCUCAUCGCGAUCGUGUCGUGUACAGCACUUUUGCGCAGGCAGAGAUAUCCGCGCGCGCGUGCAGUUCCUUUCUCCAGACUGAUAAUUUUCCAUUCUAUCCGUUCCAACUGAUCCGACUUCCGGUCUAGCGAUGUACCAUAUGUUUUUCACUAAGUCCUUAAUUCCCCGCACAGACUGACACGGGCGACAACGGGCAUGACACCUUCGCUGCAGCUGUAUAACGGGCGUGUACGUGCAGCGCUCACCAUCUUCGCGCUGGCGCAGUGAAGGCGAUCGCGGGGUUAUACUGUACUUACUUAACAGACUCUUAUCGAUCCCGUUCGAGACUCCGGCAGCACAUUGUUGACGUCAACUAAAAAAACAGACCAAAUUAGCUAGAAUGUCGUCGGUUAAAGUGGCUGUUAGGGUUCGGCCCUUUAACAGCAGGGAAAUGGCCAAAGAGUGUUCCUGUAUUAUUUCCAUGUCGGGACCGACCACAAAUAUAUACCAUAAUGGAAAAGAGAGAGAACGAGAUCGGAAUGGGAAACCGUUCGCCUUUGAUUACAGCUACUGGUCGCAUACUGGGCCUGAGGAUACUAAUUAUGCAUCCCAGCUGCAAGUCUACGAAGAUAUCGGCGUGGAAAUGCUGGAUCACGCAUUUGAAGGGUAUAACGUCUGCAUUUUUGCCUACGGUCAGACUGGUGCCGGUAAAAGUUAUACGAUGAUGGGCAAGCAGGAACCGGGAGAAGAGGGAAUUAUUCCGCAGCUAUGCUCGGAUAUGUUCAAAAGAAUAAAUGUAGCGGAUCCAGAUACACUGUUUACAGUUGAGGUCAGUUACAUGGAGAUAUACUGUGAACACGUCCGUGACCUUUUGAAUCCUAAAAAUAAAAAUUCCCUACGGGUACGCGAGCAUCCAAUUUUGGGGCCUUAUGUCGAAGAUCUUUCUAAGCUGGUGGUGACGUCAUAUGAUGAUAUUAAUCAACUCAUGGAUGAAGGAAAUAAAGCACGAACUGUGGCGGCAACAAAUAUGAACGAAACUAGUAGUCGAUCACAUGCAGUAUUCACCAUUGUGCUAACACAGCGCAAGCACGAUCUGGCGACCAACUUAGUAGCGGAAAAAGUAAGCAAAAUUAGCCUUGUUGAUCUUGCCGGCAGCGAGCGCGCCGAGUCCACUGGAGCGCAAGGUGUACGUCUCAAGGAAGGAGCCAACAUUAAUAAGUCAUUGACCACCUUAGGAAAAGUCAUUUCAGCUCUGGCGGAAAUGGCAUCCAAUAAGGACAUUGCCAAGAAGGACAAGAAAAAGAAAGCCGAGUUUAUCCCGUAUCGGGAUUCUGUACUAACAUGGCUGCUGCGAGAAAAUUUAGGUGGCAAUUCUCGCACCGCUAUGAUAGCGGCGAUCAGUCCAGCCGAUAUCAACUACGAAGAAACACUGAGUACACUGCGGUAUGCUGACCGGGCUAAACAGAUUGUCUGCAAAGCAGUUGUUAAUGAAGAUCCCAAUGCUCGUCUUAUUCGUGAGCUCAAAGAGGAAGUUCAACGGCUGCGGGACAUUCUAAAAGCGGAAGGAAUAGAAACUGUUGCAGAGCAAAGCGCAGCGCGGCAGCGCAAUCGCUCAACAUCCGCCGAGGACGCAAUGGAACGGCUCAAAGAGUCGGAAAAACUUAUUGCGGAAUUGAAUGAAACCUGGGAAGAGAAGCUAAGAAGAACGGAAGAUAUCCGACUGCAAAGAGAAAGUAUGUUGCAAGAAAUGGGAAUAGCAGUCAAAGACGACGGAAACACAGUUGGAGUGUUUUCCCCUAAAAAGACGCCUCAUUUAGUCAACCUGAACGAAGAUCCCGGAAUGUCGGAGUGCCUUUUGUAUUACGUGAAACGAGGAAUAACAAGAGUGGGUUCAGAUAAAUCUCAGGACAUUCAACUGUCGGGAACGUUUAUUUUACCUGAGCAUUGCGUGUUUUCCUAUGAUACGGAUGACAUUUUUCUCACGCCAUGCAAAGAUGCGCACUGCUAUGUAAACGGAAAGCAGGUUACCGAUACCGUGCUGCUGCGAAGUGGUUCGCGUGUCAUUUUCGGCAACCAUCAUGUCUUUCGCUUCACGAAUCCCUUGCAAGUGCGUGCGGAGCUGGAUUUUAAAUCCCCGAUGGCAGAGACUCCAGGCGUGGGCGAAGAGGUUGACUGGACGUUUGCGCAAGUCGAACUGCUAAACAAACAGGGCAUCGAUAUGAAGGCAGAAAUGGCAAAAAGAUUGAUGGCUCUUGAAGAGCAGUAUCGUAAAGAAAAGCUGGAAGCCGAUCAAAUGUUUGAAAAGCAGCGAAAGGAUUACGAAGCGCGCAUUGAGAGCUUGCAGAAACAAGUGGAUGCCCAAUCGAUGAUGUCCAGCAUGUACAGCAGCUUUAUGACCCCUGACCGAGAUUUUGAUGAUUUUGUUGAUCCAUGUUUAUGGACCAGUAAUGAAUUUCGCAUUGCCCGGGCAGCCUGGGAUAAGUGGCGACGUCAUCAGUUUACGUCACUGCGGGACCAGCUGUGGGGCAACAUGGUCUUCCUUAAAGAAGCCAAUGCCAUCAGUGUGGAGCUGAAGAAAAAAGUCCAGUUCCAGUACGUUCUCUUGACGCAUACACUGUAUUCGCCGCUCCCACCGGAUUUCCUCCCGGCUAACGCCGCCACCGCUAGUGCCGCCGCGCCGAUCGAUAAGGCCAAAAUGCCACGAGUGGUCGUUGCCGUUGAAGUGCGGGAUCUGAAAAACGGGGCGACACACUACUGGAGUUUGGAGAAAUUCAAAGCUCGUUUGGAGAUGAUGCAUAGUAUAUGUGAUGAUGUUUUGCCGGAGGGAAUUGUUUCACCUCAAAAACUUCCGAAAGUGACCGUUGAGAACGGUCGCAGUAUUAGAGCGGCCACUGAUUUUUUCCAGUACCUCACCCUUUCUCAUACUUCCAAUGCCUGUUCGCCUUCAAGUGCAUGUACUUAUUACAGACAGCGCCUGGAACUCAUGCGGCAAAUGUAUUCCAAUGACGCAGAAGUCUCGCCCACUUCGCCGGAUAUAACCAUGGACAGCGUCGGCGGAUACGAUCCCUUUUACGACCGCUUUCCCUGGUUCAAGUCCAUUGGAAAGGCUUUCGUUCCCCUCACAAAUUUAUUGUGUCCCAUCAGUAUGAGCCACAAAAUAGCCCUCGUAAACGAACAUGGAGAUGUGCGCGGAUACCUGAAAGUCUGCGUGCAGCCGGCGACAGCCAACGAUGACGAUAUUCCAGAUUUCAUUCCGGGGGUACGACAAUCUGCAAAAAUUCGUUUUAGUGAAUCUGAAACAACCAUUAAUUCGUCUUUCGAUGCGCCCACUUCUUGGUGUAACGGAGACGUGGAUGAUGUAUUCGAAAGCCGGUGCAGUGACCGUUUGGCCACAGGCCAUGAAAACGGUUUAAUUCGGCCCUUUAGCCAGCCUAUGAAAGAAUAUCCUCCCCAUCUGGAACUGGGAAAAGAUUUCACGCUCCAAAUCACAGUGUUACAAGCGCAUGGGAUCCCCUCCGAGUUUACUGACCUUUUCUGUCAGUUUAGUUUCAUGCAUCGCUGCGAUGAAACAUUCAGCACGGAACCGGUAAAACUGACCGGAAACGAAGCAGCCGAUGCUCCAAUCAGUUUCUACCAUGUUCAGAAUGUCACCGUGACUGUUACUAAAUCUUUUGUGGACUACAUAUCCAAGCGACCCAUGCUGUUUGAAGUAUUCGGACAUUGCCAAGAGCCAGUAUUUAACACUUCCCAGUUAUCGCCCCGCGCCCCGCCAAAACACAUGCUUCCACCGGCUGCCAGCAUUUCUUUACCAGUUCAGUCUCCAAGGAUUGGUCCUCUCAGCGUACCAAGUAAUCCUGUGCAUUCCACAUUCGACCUCCUUGUAUCGUUCGAAAUCCGGGAGUUGGCUCCGAAUGGCGAAUACUUGCCGGUCGUCGUUGACCAUGGUGAGGGCCUGCCUUGCACUGGCGUCUUUCUGUUGCACCAAGGAAUUCAGCGCCGUCUGACGAUAACCAUUGCUCACGAAUUCGGUGCCGAACUGGGAUGGAAAGAUGUCAAAGAACUCCUCGUUGGUCAUAUUCGACGGACAGCGGAAAUGCCAGCGGACAAUUCCUACGACGGAAGUGUUCUCUCCCUGACCGUGCUUCCCGGCCAGCUGAUCAAGAAGCAAGACGACGAUCGUUGUCUACUUAGAACGUUCUACCGCUUCGAAGCGCCCUGGGAUUCGUCCAUGCACAAUUCGCAGCUGCUAAACAGUAUUUCGUCCUACAAUGAACGAAUUUAUCUUACACUGACCGCGUAUGUACAAAUCGAAAACUGUGUUCAACCCGCUAUCGUUUCUAAGGAUUUAUGCGUGGUCAUCCAUGGACGAGAUUCGAAAGCCACUUCCGCUGGGCGAUCAAUAAAAAAUCUCUUCUCAGCGAAUCCUUUCAAAUACUCUGACACUAAUCGCGUCAACGGCGUUUACGAUUUGAUUUUCCGGGAAGCGGUUGAUACAGGAAUGCAAAGACGCCAGCGAAAAGUGUUGGAUACAUCUACCGCAUAUGUCCGCGGAGAAGAGAAUCUGCAGGGUUGGCGGCCUCGCAGUGAUUCUCUUAUAUUUGAGCAUCAGUGGACGCUUGAAAAACUACGGAGAUUGUUUGAUGUGGAGAAUGUUCGAUACUGCCUGUCGCUAAAGAAUCGUCUAAAAAAUCCAACGGCUAGUCUGGAGACCGAUUUUCAGCAGUCCGAUUACGCACUGAAGCGAAGGGACUCUAAAACAGCGGAUCUAAGCGAUCGAGAAAGGCAGCUAAUGCUGAAAUACGUCAAAUUAAUCCAGAAUGACGGUCCCAGCAAGGAGCCGCCAAACAAGAAAUCACCUGUUGACAUCGUGGCGACGCCGAGUUCAGACGACAGUGGUGGUGACCUUUCAGCUUCGCUGAUGUCUCUUUCAUCGGUACUAAGUUCGCACUCGCAGCCGACUAUCAACACUGUCAACAUUAAUGGCGGCUUAACUGUGGCUGCCAAGCCGAUUCGUUCCAUAAGUGCCGACAAUCUGGCUGCGAUUGCUGCUCCCCAGCCGACCAAACAGUUUAUACCAGAAAUUAAAGAAAUCAGAAUUAAUCCCGUAGUUUCCAAACGAAACUAUAUGAACUUUUUAGAGGAAAAUUCUCAUGGAUGGCUGAAACGUUGGGUUGUCAUCCGUCGACCGUAUGCUUUCAUAUACAAAAGUGACCGGGAUCCCGUGGAACGCGGUCUCAUCAACUUGGCCACAUCCCGGGUAGAAUACAGUGAAGAUCAACAGGCGAUGCUAAAGGUGCCCAACACUUUCUCUGUGAUCACUCCUCACCGAGGUUUCCUGAUGCAGACACUUAGUGAUCAAGAUGUGCAAGAAUGGUUAUAUGCAAUUAAUCCUUUGUUAGCCAGUCAAAUACAAGAGUGAUUUCUCUUUUCGUUAUGCAAUGUUUUUUUAUAAGUUUAUUUUGCUUUUAAUGCAGUGACGUGAAUACGUACUGCUAUCAGGUUUAAAUAGAAUUCUUUGUGUUUUUUUUAAAUUUUGAUCUCCUUUUUAAUACAAACCUUUAUCCUCGGGAAAACGCGGAACUAUAUAUCUAUAUUUGAUGCGCGCUGUUGCUGAUAUUUAGGUAUUCAGAAGUCUUCCUUUAAUGUCACACACAGAAAUGGAUGUCAGACUACUUGCGAUAGCAUUAAAAAGGUUCUUAGAUCACUCUGAAAGACAUGGCUGUCAAGAGAGA